GUUGCAGCUAUCUAAGCGACUGCCUCUGCCAUCUAUCGGCGGACAAUGGAAGCUCCGUUCCCAUGGAGACACACUGACACUUCAAAUAGUAAACAAAAACACAGUUCUUUCGCCUAUCUCGAACUUUCGGAAUCUGUUGGCUUAUUUUACAUUCAAUUACGUGUGUCACGUAGGUUAUUCUAAACUAAUGAAGAAAUUAACGCCUUAACAUCAACGCAGCAUGAAUAUCAUAAAUCGACAAAUAGCGUAGCGAAUUUUUUCGCUUCUAUUUCAAAAUUAUUGUUAUGCUGACCAAGGACAAAGAUGUGCUAGCUGGCUAAUAGCUCUCAUUCGUGCCGCUCAUAACUCGCAUUAAUAAAGAACACCUCAGGUGAAAUGAUGUAUUACAAACUGCGUCACUAUGCAGAGAAAAGGUAAUAAGAUCUCACGUAAGUUGUGCUAUAAAGAGAGCUGCUUCGUUGAGUGAUGGAGAAUUACACCGUCGUCGGUCGUAUUGGAGAGGGGGCACAUGGCGUGGUGGUCAGGGCAAAGCAUAAUAUAACAGGGCAAAUGGUUGCCCUAAAAAAGAUACCCCUCCGAAGACUCGAUCAAGGGAUGCCCCUGACAGCUCUGAGAGAGAUAAAGGCUCUGCAAGAACUCAAUGCAAAACACGUGGUUCGACUCCUGAGUGUGUUUCCAGAGGGUGCUGGAUUCGUUCUAGCCUUCGAACUCAUGCUGGGCGACCUCGGCGAGAUGAUUAGAGAUGCAACUCGUCCUCUGACAGAUGCCGAGAUAAAAUCUUACAUGGUGAUGCUGUUAUCUGGAGUGGCUCAUCUCCACCACCAUCAUAUCAUGCACAGGGAUCUGAAGCCAGCAAACUUACUAAUCAGCUCGACUGGGCAUUUGAAAAUUGCAGACCUCGGGCUCUGUAGGGUUUUCAAGAAAAAUUCCAAGUGCCUUUAUUCACACCAGGUAGCCACAAGAUGGUACAGAGCACCUGAACUUCUUUACGGGGCGCGUCAGUACGAUGAAGGUGUGGACCUUUGGUCUGUUGGGUGCAUAUUUGGAGAGAUGGUGAACAACUCACCUGUUUUUCCUGGAGAAAGUGACAUAGAUCAACUGUGUGUAGUGCUGCAGAUACUGGGAACUCCAAAUGAAUUAACAUGGCCUGGUCUUUCACAACUGCCAGAUUAUAAAAAAAUCACAUUCCCAGAGUCCAAGGCAGUACCACUGGAACAGGUACUUCCGGAUGCUCCAAAUGAUGCAAUGGACCUCAUCAAGAAAUUCCUCGUCUACUAUUCAGCAAAAAGGUUGGCAGCAAAUAAGGCACUUCUUCAUACAUACUUCUUCUCAGCCCCUCUACCUACUCCAGUGGAAGACAUGCCCCGUCCACCUAAGGAAAAAAAACCUCCUCCUACAACCACUGAUUACAUAACAGAUUUCCCAAUCCAUCACAUUUCCGAUGCCAUACGAAACAGACUUGAAACACUUUACAUGGAACAUUGAAAAAUAAAUAAAAAACACAUUACAUUCAUGUUAUUCCCAGGAAAUAAAAGAAAUUAACCAAA